AUGGCAGCUCAAAGAUCUCCGCAGCUACCUUUGGAAGUGAUUCUUACAAUCGCAGAUUUCUUACAACCUUCGGAUCUCUUGAAUUUGCUUCAAACCAUUCCCCAAAUUGCUCCCCUUCUCAACUAUCGACAUAUCCAGGCUCGAGAUGAGAAUAACCACACCCUCUUGUAUCUAAUUGUUGAACAGGGGCUUGAUAACUUAAUUCAACCUCUCACUAAAUUUAUACCACAGAGCUGCACCCUUUACAACGAAGGAUGGACGCCUCUUCAUCAAGCAAUCGGGAAUGCCAAUCAACGGAUGGUAAAAGCACUGAUAUAUGCUGGCGCGGAUUUAUCAGCCCAGGACGAGGGCGGGAAAACGGCGCUUCAUCUUGCUUGCAAAGAAAAUGCAAUUGAAAUUGUUCAGUGUCUCCUGGACCACGGUGCAAACCCUUCCGCGGUGGAUCACAGUCAAAGGACGCCCUUACAUGAGGCGUGUGGACAGAACACGACUAUUCUGCGAAUAGUAACAAAAGCCGGCGAAGACCUUAAUCCCCGACGUUUGCCACGAGAAUUGACUCCCCUACAUCACGAAACUAUGUUAGCACGAGAAAGCCUUAUAAGGAUUCUUCUUGAAGCAGGGGCAGACCCUUCCAUUCCAACGGAGACGGGGGAGACCAUACUUCAUCGCGCGGCCCUCAUGAAUCAUGCCAAUAUUGUGCGACUGUUACUUGAAUUCGGCGUUGAUAUCGCUGUACGAAAUGGCCACGGUUGCACCCCAUUCUUAGUCGCUGCGAUUGGCGGGUCAGAUGAAUGUCUACAAUUCCUUCUCAAGGCCGGUGCAGAUAUCUCAGAUCUGGACAAUCAUGGUCGCAACGCAUUGCAUAUCGCAGCUUGGGCGGGCCAGGAGUCUUCAGUCCGGCUACUUCUGAAAUUAGGAUUGGAUAGCUCCGCACGGGAUAAACGUGGCCAUACUCCGAUGUGCUGGGCAGCUAAAUAUGAGCAGACAGGGGUUGUUCAAAUUCUAGAAGAUGCGCAAAAGAACCGAUUUGCGAGGUUGAUAAAUCGAGUGCGCGGUAAAAGUUAG